AUGCUCGGAAGACGUCUAACUCCACAAAUCCUGGCCCGCUGCGAGUCCAUUCUCGAGGCUCUGACUGAGCUGCGCGACAUGUCUGCCGAGGUCUGCCAGGAUAACCUCGACUAUGAGCACUCGCCUGCUCAUUACCCUGCUGGUAUCAUGGAGCGAGACUUUGGUCUCAAUCCCGCUUACCGCCACCUGCUCGACCGCAUCGAGAAGGAGGUCUACAAGAACAAGGUCAUGUUCUUUGCCCAGUGUAACAACUGUUACACAACCUUCCAGCAGGAGAUGCCUGACCGCAAGGCUCGCAAAGCCGCCAGACUUCGCAAGACUCGCAGAAACUCUGUGUAG